AAACAGUUUGUGUUUGUGUUUAUGUUCUGUUUGGGCUUGAACACUUAAUAACUUUCUAUUUCCGUAGUUUACAAAAUCUAUAGCAAAGGCAAAGCCAAAUAUUGCUUAACAAUGGAUGUGGAUAAAACCCGAAGCUGCGGUGACGGCAUGGAACAGCCAGAGCAUACGACUCUAAAACAAAUAGAGCAAGUCGAACAGGAACAAGAACAGGGUCAGGGUCAGAAUAGUGAUGUUGUGGCUACAAAGCGACCACAAUUGCCACGUAAAGAUAGUACAAUUAUCCAAGAGACCGUCAUAACGACUAGAAAGACAUCAUCCUCAUCCCUACCCUUACCUGGUCUGCAUACUUUGUACAGGCGUCCGGAAAUUGUGGGACGCAGCCUUGCUCCAGUCUUGCCCAAGGGAGAACUAAUACAACUUAAACCCAGAUUAGUCCCGUCACUACAUCAGGAAACCCUACCUGAGCACAAGAAAACGAAACCGCCAAAAUUUGUGCCUUACGAACCAUACCCGGGAGCUGUUAACCCCAUGGAUGCAUCCUCAGAACAUAAAUCCAUGGCAAUGGGACACCAUAAAGUGCGAAUAAACAAAAACAAUCUGGAUAUAGCUGUGCUGGCGGAUCAGGUCUCAACGCUACGCACUCAAGAACUGGACCCAGACUCAACGGACACCAAUCAGGAGACAAACAAUGAGGAACUGCAGCAGAUGCGUCUGGAAUUGGAGAAUGUACGCAAAGAACGCGAUCAUUUUCAGGCCCAGUACAAGUUUCAAACCCAAGUCAAUAGUGAAUUAAAGAGCCUACUUGUCGCAUCAGUGGGUGAGGAUUUGCAAACACGGGUCAAUGUCCUAACCGAGGAUAAAUUGCAACUGGCCCGUGCUCUGCUCGAUACGGCCAACAAUCUGACCACCCAUACAGAGCAAAUAGAAUUCCUGGCAGGGCAAUGUGAGGUGUGGCGUUCGAAAUUUUUGGCCAGCAGUGUUAUGGUCGAAGAGCUGGCCCGCUGGAAGGCCGAUCUUACCCAAAAGAAUCAAAUGCUUAACGAGUCCACCAAACAAUUGAUGCACGCUACGCAUCAAAUUCGUGAAAUUCAACUUGAUAUGCUAAAGCAAUUGAAAUUUUUGGCCAAAAUACGUUAUCUCAAUUUGCCAGCUACCGAUGUGAUUAGUUUAAGUGCAGAAAAUCUGAACAUAUUGCAACGCAUGGUACUACACACGGGCGUGGCUGGCAUCCCCGAGGAGACGCUUAAAUUGUCCAGCGCCAGUACAAGUCCAUUAUGCGAGGCUGAGAAAUACGCUGUGCAGGCCUUGGAAUUUAUCAGUCAACCGUUAAUGGCCACCGAUGAAGCUAUACGAGCUCUAUUUGGUCAAGCCCAGCGGCCUCACUAUCAUCACCAGCCAAUUGAAACUGAGCGACAACUAAAUGAGGAAUCACAAUCGAAUUAAUGUUAAGAAAAAUCCAAGCCAGCAAUAUUAUUUCUUUAAGGACACAUUAUAUAGGACAAUUUUUGAUAUAUAUAUAUCUCUGUGAAAUACAUGUAUAAAUGCAAUAUA